CAGAGUUGACAUUCGAGUGUCCAACCCCACAUAUGCUAAGCAAUGCCACCCAUGGCUGGAGCAUCUCGUAUUUUGAAGCCACUAAGAUGUUCUAGGCCACCGACGACUAGCGAGGAAUCCAGCCAUGCAGCUGAUGGGAACACAGACUGCGCAACCUCGUAUCAGCUGCAGAAUAAAGACUGCUGGAGCUGCACUCUCCGAACCUCAACACUUGCGAGCUUCCAACCAUGGAAGCUGCCGGUCUUGCUAUCGGCAUCAUCGGGCUGUAUUCUGCCUGUCGCGACGGCUACCUCUUCUACGAGAACGUGAAGAGUGCAGAGAAGAGCACGCUCAAAUUCACGCGCUCACUGCUCAUCCAGAAGUCCCGUCUGUGGGCUUGGGGGUUCUAUUGGGAGAUAUCACGGCAUGAUCCAGCCAUCACGGCAAAUGAGGGGUCGCUUGAGUUGAUGCACCGCAAUCGCAAGAUUGGGGAGUACCUGUUGCAGAAUCCGGCCAAGAUCACGGGGGUAGAGCUGGCGCUGGAGAGUAUCGCGAGCUUGUUCUCGGACAAAGAUGUACUGAAGAAGUACGGGGUGGAAUUGAGAUAUCCGCGUGGUGAGAAUAUGAAGAAUCGGGAUGCAUUACCCCAGCCGUCUCGGGAUCAGACGAAACAGAUACAGAGAAAGGCUGUUUUCCUGCGGCAGCGGCUGACCAUUCUCCGGCGUUGCACGUGGGUUCUGAAAGACCGCGACAAGGUCGCAGAGUUGACUAGGGAUCUUGAAUCGUACAACAAUUCACUUCACUUCCUAUGCCCUGAUGGAGCGCUGGGACCUUUGAAGAUUCUCUCUGUGACCAGCCUGGUCGCAGGACAGAGCGGUAAUAAGGUCGGCCUAGCGCUGGACCGCUCUCUUGCGGAAGAGUUAUCUGCACAAGCGGGCCCAAUGGCAAAAGGCACAUACGAUGCAAUGGCAGAUCUCACUUCGAUUCGGGUCCUAGCAGAGCGCGUUUCGCAGCCGCUCAACGAUACAAGCAGGGCCAGACUGGUCAAUCUCCGCAGAGAUGAAUUUGAGCUACACCAGAACCGUUUUGACGCGAAUCCAAUGUCUUGUAUGGCAAUCUGGAGGGGAAGAAAUGAUAUGGACCGCGGAUUUGAGGCGGUCGUACUGAUAGAGUUCAAGUCUUACCUGGACGACCAUGGUAGGCCCGAUCAAGAUACGCAUGACAAUGUCCUCAAGCUUGGGUAUCUGGUGACCUCGAAACAAGCGCCAACGUCACUUCUCUCUCGCUUCUGCUAUGGGCUGUUCAAGGACUCGGAGCAUCACCGUAUAGGCUUCGUGUACAAGCUACCGCAAAAUCUGGGGAUCUCAAUCUCAGGGGCCCGGAUGGUUCCUGAUGCGCUCAUACCUCGCACGCCUGUCUCUCUAGCUGAAGUACUCCGCACGUUCAAUGCCAUGUCUCUUAACAGACGCUUCUCUCUCGCCAAAGAGCUUCUGGAGGCAGUGACAGCAAUGCACGCCACAGGCUGGAUCCACAAGAACAUCCGACCCACGUCCAUCAUCUUCUUUCCAAGGGACCAGCGGCCGAUCAAUCGCAACGACAUUGAAUGGCAACGCGUCAACCUCAUGGGCUGGGGCUUUUCACGCCACACACAAUUCGUUCAACAGUACGCAGCACCUGGUCCAAAGCGCUCCGCACAGCCCAGACUCAUCAAGCUCGACAAGUACCAGCAUCCCGACAAACAGAACGAUCCCUCGCGAGUAUACGAGCCUACGUACGACAUGUACUCUUUGGGACUGGUCCUACUCGAGAUUGGGCUGUGGAGAGAUCUCGAUGGCUAUGUUGGGCCGGCUAAGACAUCACAUUGGAGUGCCGACGAUGUGCAUGCAUACAUUGUAGGCCAGGUUGUGCCGCAUCUCAAGCAUUGCUGCGGCGAAACAUACAUGGCAGUGGUGCAGACAUGUCUGGGAGUGCAAUCGAAAGAGAGCAUGAGACCGAACGCGAGGAUGCAACAGGAGGAGGACUGCUUGCGUUUAGUUGCGAGAUUGGCAGCUUGCAAUGUGUGAUCGCUGUGAGAUGGACGGUGAAAGAGGAUGAUGAGGGUGAUUCUGGCAUCGCGGUUCUGGACCUUCGACUCCUAGCACGAGAGACUGAUCCAUCGUUGAAGGCGGAGAUGUCGAUGUAGAUAUAGACGUAGAUAGCUGAGCAGGGAUUCUCGUCACUUCACGGAAUUGAAGGUCUACAUGUAAUUGUAUAGGAAGCGGCUGAGGAGUUGUUGACGGGUGGCUGAGAUGAAGAUUAUAUGGAUGAGCCGCCGAAGAUAUUGCGGCGACUUAGCGGCAACGGCAGCGGCAAAAGGCCCCUAAUUUAGCCUGAAGCCAGUUGUGGGGCCGCGGCUGCCUUUGCGGGACGGGGACAUGAACGGGGACGCGGACAAUCAAGGACUUCAUCCAUCUAAUUAAUUAGUACUGUAUGUAAUUAGUACGUAU